GUUCAGGGUCUUCCUGUGGCUGAGGAAAAGAAACUGAAAGAAAGACUUCAGAUUCAGACCAGUUAUCAUCGACAGGAGAUAACUUUCACUAUGUCUUCAGAUGAGGAUUUCUCUCUGGUGACAGAGGCUCCAAAGCCAUUAGAGGACACACUGGAUGGAAUCAAGGCUUCGAUUGCCGACUACAAGAAAAUGCAUGAUAAGUUGGUAGAGGAGCAGAAGGACCUGGUCGCCGCCAGAAAUGAUUCGAAGGAGAUGACUCAGAAGUUCAAGGAGCGCUCUGACAAACUGACCCAGGCUCUGAAGGAGGACGAGCGCUCCCACAAGGAGCAGAUUGAAAAUGAAAAGGCGAAGCUGAAGAGGCUAAAUGAUGAGGAGCUCGAACUCCUGAUGGAGAUCCAGAAAGUCGAAGCCGCCCUGAAGGAGGAAAAUGCCAAAAACAAGCACCUGAAACAGCAGACCGAUGUGUUCACUGCUGUGCCGGAGAAGAAGGUCGUCUUCAAAGGAGACACACAGAAGAUGACAAAGGCGGCCGACACACAGACGUUUGAGAUGAAACCUCGUAUAGUUUAUCCGAUGGAUGAGGGGACGGCACUGAUCACGUUUGAGGACGAAGAUGUGGCCAAGAAGAUCCUGAACAUGAAGAAGCAUCGGGUGGAUCUGGGAAGUGAGUGCAACAUCACUGUGGAGGCCAGGCCAGUUCAACUGAUGCUGCCCAGGCUGGUGGAGAUCAACUCUGAAGUCUGCCCUCGCCGCAUACUGAUCUCCGACCUGCCCAAAAUGGACACGGAGAUGAUGCUGAACAAGCUGGAGAUCCACUUUUCCAAGAGGAAAAACGGAGGCGGAGAGGUGGAGGAAUGCGAAAUGCUGCCUGACUCUGGGACUGUGGUCCUCACAUUCUUAGAGGAAAACAUUGCCAGAGGUUUGACAGAUGCAGAGUACCAUGAAGUGAAGCUAACACAGAAGAAGCACAGAGUCAGAGUUACUCCAUUUCUUAACGGAACAAUCACAAACUUAAAGACCAAGAUGUCGGCGUGUCUUCGGACGGUUCUCCUGACAGAAAUCCCUCCCGUCAUGGAGCAGGAGACCCUGCAGGACCUGCUGGAAAUUCACUUCCAGAAAAGCAGCAAUGGCGGAGGAGAGAUCGAAGCUUUCCUCUACAACCCACUAGGUCACCACACCUCAGCGGUGUUUGAGGGCGUCUCUCCAGACAAAGAGGACAAGUAGGCUGUAGGUUUUGUUAACAACUGCUGUUCUGGAAAAAAACAUCUCAGGUUCAGGGUGAUACACCCCUGCCAAAACAAUCUGUUGUAGUUAUAUAUGAUGGAGAUCAAUGCAUGAAGGAACAAAGUUCUGAACUUCUUAUUUAGGUAUGUUUUUUUGGCAUCGGUAAAGCAGCAUAACAGGACCUCUGGUGCCCCUCACAAUUGGUGAUAUUAAUUCUGAGAAUGAUAACACAUGUACUCAUAGAUUAAGUGGGUGUUUUCUUUGACAGCAUUUGCAGCCAUUGUAGGUUUAAAAAAAGAGGUAAAUUUAAGAGAAAAAAGUAUAAUAUCUCAUAAUAUCCUAGGUUUUUUCAUGUAAAUUUACCACUUUAAUAUAGGAAAUUUGUUUCUCUAAAUAUUAGCCCCCUCUCCCCUGGCUCUGCAAUUUUUAUUCUCCUACAAUGGCCCUAAUGCGACGUCAUAAUUUUUGGUGUAGUCAUUUGAAAAUGUGUAAAUUAAUACCAAUCACAGUUAUUUACAGUGAAAUCACAAUUAUGCAAUAACCCUGUUACUCAGCUAGCAAUCUGUAGUUUUUGAGUGUAGCUCUUUUACAAAACUGUUUCCCCUGUUUAUGGUAUAAGAUGUAAAUGGAUUUUUGUAACACAUCAUGUGUAUUUUCACACAGUGCAAUUAAACUGGUUUAUGAAAGAAGA